UUUGCCUUGUGCACAAUGAAAAGCGUUAGGAGCUACAGCAGUGUGAGCAGGAGGGAGGGUCUAUGGGAGGGACCAACAGCCAAAGGGAGGGAGCAAGGAGGAGGAGGAGGAGGAGGGCGGCGGAUGCGCUGCUUCUCCAGUCUCGCUCUCCGCGUCUUUGUCUCACACUCUUUGUUAGCCAUGCCUAGCCUGCUGGUGCUGUCAGGGAUCAUGGAGAAAAAUGGGGGCUACGGCUCGGAACUGGCCGCCUCCGGCUUUGGUACCGAGAGCCUCCUGGCGCCGCCCGACGAGGAGGAAGAGGAGUCGCGGGCGCUGCGGGUUGCGCUGGGCCAGCUCUCCUUGCUCGGGCUCGGGGAAAGCGAGGAGGGCGCCGGAGUUCAGGAGCGGAGCAACAACAACAACAACAAUCACCACCACCACGGCCACGGCCACGCCAACAGCGUCGGCGGAGGAGGUGGUGGAGGUGGAGGAGGUAGUGCUGGAGAAGCCGGGAUCUUACAAGGCAAGAGCAAGUUGUGCGCCCUGUACGAGAGCUCCGGGUCUGAGACCAAAGCGCGCGGCUGCAACAUCACCGAGUGUGUGCCCGUGCCCAGCUCGGAACAUGUGGCGGAAAUAGUGGGCAGGCAAGGUUGUAAAAUCAAAGCCUUGCGGGCGAAAACCAACACCUACAUCAAGACCCCGGUGCGGGGUGAAGAGCCUGUCUUUCUCAUUACUGGUCGCAAGGAAGACGUGGCUUUAGCUAGACGCGAGAUCAUCUCAGCAGCCGAGCACUUCUCCAUGCUACGUGCAUCCCGGAACAAGCUGGGCGUGUCAUUUAACGGUUCUCCGCCCGCCCUGCUGCCAGGCCAGACCACGAUCCAGGUGCGUGUGCCUUACCGUGUGGUGGGCCUGGUGGUGGGCCCCAAAGGCUCCACUAUCAAGCGCAUCCAACAGCAGACGUGCACGUACAUCGUGACUCCAAGCCGCGAUCGCGACCCUGUCUUCGAGAUCACUGGUUCGCCGGGCAACGCGGAGCGAGCGCGGGAGGAGAUCGAGGCGCAUAUCGCUUCGCGCACUGGCACCCUCCACGACCAUAACAACGAGAACGACUGCCUGGCCACUGAGAACAGCACCAACGGUGGGCCGGAGAGCCGCCUACAGCACGCGUGGGGGCUUCAGGGUGGUCAGCGCAAGCCACUCGCUAGCAGUUACCGCCAGAAUUUCUCUGACGCCGUGCUAGGAGGUACCGGAAGUGGAAGCGUUGGAGUUGGUAUGGGCAUUUACAGCAAAUCCGACUUCUCGACCCCUACCAACGGAGACAAGCCGUGCUCCUAUUUUGGGUCCGAAGGUUCCCAGAGCUGGGGAGACCCCGAUUAUCCCAAACAGGUAGCCUACUAUGUCCAGCAGCGCUCCAAGAGCUUCGGAGGCCUGCCCUUGCCCUUGACCAGACUGUCUCCGGGUCUUCCGGAACCUUCUGGAACCAGCAGUGCCGGAUCCACUGGCAUAGGGUCAGCCCACGCCCAGGCUCGGCGUGCCCACAGCGAGCCCACCUCGACCCGAGACUGCAUGACCUGCUUCGAGAGCAAAGUGACGGCCGCUCUGGUGCCCUGCGGCCACAACCUCUUCUGCAUGGAGUGCGCCAUCCGCAUCUGCGAGCUGAACCAUCCCGAAUGCCCCGUCUGCCACACGCUCGUCACCCAGGCCAUCCGGAUCUUCUCUUAAAAAGGUUUUUUGGUGCAUUGGUUUUAACUAGAUAUUUUUACCUACUUUUAUUAGUUUAGCAUUUGUUUGGUCAGUAUUGGUCAGUAUGCCCCAUGUACGUCUUGCUUUUUUUCAGAAAAUGAAAAAAAAUCAAAACGAGCAGAUAUUUUAGAAGACACUGCUUGCUUUACUAAAAAAAGAGUAAGAAGUAUUUUCAGAUUUUUUCUUUUAUAUAUAUACACAUAUAUGCAUAUAUAUUUUAUAAAAGUUUUGUUAAAAUGGGGAAAAAUUUAACUCUUAAUGUUCUUUUUUUUGCUGUUAAUUUAUUUUUAAUUUUUUACUGCUGCUGUUUUUCCACAUGAAUUGCAGUGUGGGUAGAAACAGAAGAAAUAAUGUGAAUGUUUUACACUUUUUCUUUUAUUUUGGAAGUUAUUACCAUUAUUAUUAUAUAUAUAUUAUUAUUAAUGUUAAUUUGUACGAUUGGAAAGAAUAUAGUUUUACAUCCCAACAUUUGUCUGCAAAUAGACAAAUAUGCUUUUUAAAGGCAAAGUAGAUAAUGACUGAAUCUUAAGUCUAUCAUUGCACCUUAAAACUGAUAGCUUGAUUGUCACUGAAAAAAAACAACAACGCCCAUUACGUAUUUGUUUAAUCCUGCUUUGUGAAGAUGCGGAUUUGGAACACACACACACAGGACAUUGUGCAUUCAAACACUUACUUCGAUAGCAAACAAAAAACAAAUUGACACACAAUAACUAACUGAAGUAUGGUUUUGUUUUUGUCUUUAUAACAGUUUUGAAUUGGUGUUUGAGGGAUCUUGGGUUUUGUUUUACAAAAACGGAACACUUUCAUAAUCUGUGAUAUAACAGGGGAAAAUGCAUUCUUGCUUUACACCUCUUGUAUUUUAAAAAUUGAAAGGAUGUCCUAGUAUUGAGCCAUAAACUGAUUAAUCAGCUCAAACGUUCUUGAACUUACAAAAGAGGCGUUUCCCCCUUUUUAAUUUCAUUCACAUUUUUCUCUUCAGCAUAUUGGCCACAAUGAAUAUCCUCACAUUGCCAUGUUUAACUUCUCAGCGAGCAGUUUUCUAUCAUAGACACAUGAAACGUAAACGAAACGUGAAGGGAAGGUGCUCGCUAAUCUGAGCUUGAAUAGACCCUCCACAAAAGGAAAAGAAAGAGUCUUGGAGCUAUAGUAGGAAAAUUAUGCAGCUCCCCCAGUCCUCACAUUAGCGAGGUCCCUGCUGCCUCUCCGUCCUUUAUUGAAGCCGUUCAUGAGCAGGUGUUUCAUAUUGUGACCCAAGUUCUUUUUUUAGGGAGUGUCCUGAUCCCACUCGCUGCUUAACCGUCCCCUUCCUAGGCUAUAAUGACCACAACUGCUCAGCUAAGCAGGCGUAUUGUUUUAGCGCAGCGGUGGGACGUUCCCCGGAGUGCGCUCUCACCCAAUGAGGUGCUGGUAAUUAGUCAUGUGACACAGACCAGGUGCAAGCAACUUGGGGAAAGUCCGUUUUGCCACGGAUGCUCCAAAACCCCGCGCUGCCCUCACUCCCCCCGUACCAACCUCGCAGAAAAGCUCCACUAGGUGCAGCUGGGGCCCCUCCCUUCAUCCCUCCAACUCUCUCUCUCUCUCUCUCACACCCUCCCUCCUCCUUCUGCUCUCCUGCUCCUCUGAGCUUUAGUAUUCCCACUGAGGAAAGGGGCCUCCUUUGUCCUGAUGAAGGGGGAAAAAAUCCCAAGUGCAGAUUUUAUUUCAGAGAGAGAGAGAGAGAAAGAGAGUGCACAUGAUGGCAGGCUUUCUAUGUAGCAAACAGUUAUUUGUUCUGUUUUUGGAGGUUGCAGACCACUUGAACUAAAACUUGUUUCUUUGUGUACAAUAAAAUGUGGAUGUUUUAUUGGCCCCAAAAGUAAAAUUGCAGGCAGAUGGUAAUCGUUCUUGUUAAUUCUUUCGCUUGCACUCAAAAGUUCAGUCCCUCCCCAAAAGAAAUCGGCAGAUCUGACGUGUCCGAGAGGGAGUGCAAGUCGAUCGAAGUUGCCAUGGAGGUUUUUUUUUUUUUUAUUAUUUGCCAUGUGCAUGACCAUCCUGGCACAACACUCCCCCCCCCAC